AUGUCUUCGUCACGUCCAAGCGGUGGUCGAAAUUUCACGGACGCAGAAUUGGCCAGAUAUCUGAACUAUGAUGGUGUCACUAGUGAUAGCGAUGGAGAAACUGAGGGGAGUGAAACUGAGGAUUAUUUGGAGGUUGAGGAUUCUGAACAAACUGAUGAAGACGACGAGCCAAUGGAGCACAAUGUGAUGCGGGUCUGUUUGGUAACCGCUGGAGUUGGUGACAGCGCUUACCUAAACAGGCCAUAUUUGUUAACACCUAUUAUAAAUCCUGUUACUGAGGCUGAAAAGCGCUAUAAUGAAGCACACAUAAAAACUAGAAAUGUUAUUGAAAGGACAUUCGGUGUCUGGAAGCGUCGCUUCCCUGUUGUGGCAUUAACACUGCGUUUAUUAUUGCCUAAAGUUCAGGCAAUAAUAAUUGCUACCGCAGUAUUGCACAAUAUUUGUAGGAACCACAAUUUAGAGGAAGUUUCUUCAGAAGUAGAGCUGCCAACAGCGGAAAUAAAUGAAGAAGUGUACUUUACGGAAGUUCAGAAUGUUAGUGAAAGAACAUCCCUUAUAAAUAAUUAUUUUAGAUAA